UUCAGGAUCAAAUCUAUCCGAACCCCUCCCUUAUCAGUUUCAUCGCCACUUCUCUACCCAAGAAGCAAAUACACAGCGCCGGGGAUGACAUGGCAACCAAACAUUCACUACAACGACUCUCGUCACCGUCACGCGGUGUAUCACCUGCGGUUCACAUUCUGGGGUUAGGGUCAUUUAUUUACAGCUACAAGUGGCUAGUAGAACACCCCAACCCGAUCAAUCAAGCAUACGGAUGGCAUUUUCAAUACCUGACCAUCAUUGGUCUGACGCUAUCAACGACGACGUUUAUUCUGGGGAUUCUGGCCGACAUUUCGUUGUCGAGAGCGCUAUUCACAGCCAAGAAUGUGAUGACUCUGACGGCGGCGCCGCUAGAAGUGCUCAUCUCGUUGCUAUACUGGGGCUUACGAGCCAUCGACCCGGCCUUGGUCGUGCCUCCAGAACUUGAACUCCCCUGGCCUGCCGACCUGUCCUUUCACCUGGCCCCGACAGUUUUCUUGCUGCUCGACAUCUUGCUCCUCUCUCCACCCUGGUCCAUUAGAGCCCUCCCAUCUCUGGGCCUCAGCUCCGCCAUCGCCAUCGCCUAUUGGCUCUGGAUCGAGUUGUGCUUCUCCCACAACGGCUUCUACCCUUAUCCGUUGUUCGCCCUCUUGCACUUCUCUCAUAGGGUCCUCCUAUUUGCUUCGUGUGCCGUCGCCAUGGCUGGUUUGACUUCCGCGUUGAAGACCGUCUACGCCUUGGUCAACGGCGUCGAUAUCCCAGCUGAGAGGCCGGUCAAGCUUCAGCGCAGGAAAUAGAUGAUCACUGGGACCUAGAGAUCGUGGCGGGACAUAUUUUACCAUUCUCAACACAAUACAUCAUAGACGGGCUAGAGACCAUUGGAUUGUGGUUGUCAUAAGAGUGAGAGAUUGUUGGAUUUCCUUUCAUACUCAAUGCCGGAUUAGACAGCUCGAGAACGCUAAUAUAGAUGAUUAGAUACCUCCAAGAUAUCUCACUACAGCUCAAUCACUGAAUAUCGGAGUAGG